GAGGAGUGUGAGGAUGGAGGGAGGGGGCAGGGAGAGGUGUGUAUCACCACUGUGCCUCACCCCUGGGAUUUGCUGUGUGCCCUGCCUUUUGGCUCUGAUCGAGUCUGUGUUCCAGGCCUUGUCUCCAGUGGCCUCACAGGCUUGGGCUUCAGGAAUCUCCUACUGCAAACAGGCUUGAGAGGGUUUUCUGUAGUAGAGCCUGAGGAAACAGGCCAGCUGUCUCAGUUCCUCUAACAGGCCUGCCUGCCUCACCCAGCCUUUCUAGAAUGACUCUUGGUUGUUCUCCCAGCAUCCACCACCCUGGGGUUUGUGUCAGGGGGCUUCCAAAGGUAGGAUAGGGACUCUAGAAUGGUUUUUAACUCACAACUGUGGAAGCUUAGUCCCGGGUCAGAGGGGCGAGGAUAGGUCUCCUUGGGCUCAGUGUCUCCUAGAAACUGGGCUCAAGCCGAAUCUUUCUUUGCCAGGGCAGUGAGACACUGGGCAGCAAGAAUACUCCAUGGGAAGUAGAGUUAAUCACCCGUCUAUCACUUUGCAGUAAUCUGAAGUGUUUCUGGAUUGGGUUUACAACAGUAGUUUCUCUGUGCUGCUCCCCACCCCCACCUCCCUUGUCGAACUGGGUGGGGUUACUUUGCUGAGCUCUGGGCUUCUGCUAAUGCAAUAUUCAUAGUCCUGACACCUGAGCCCUCUGCCUUCGGGAUGGGGACUGCUCCAAGAUCUAGUCCCAGGAGGUGAAAGGACUGCUGUGCUGUUCUGCCUCAGGGAUCUGACCUCUCACUUCUGGGCUUUUAGCACCCCUGUCAUGGGGGAGGGGUCUCUCUGGGAGUGUGUGGAGGCUGGCACUUGAAGGAAGAGGCUGAGCAGGGAGAGUCCUUGGGAGUGGUAGAUGGGCGGGGCCUCUGGUUCCGGGCUGGAGUGGGAGAGGUUGUUCACUGAAGGAUGGGUCUCUGGAGAUCUCACAGCUGCCGCCUUUGGUCUCUUGUGGCUCAGACUAGGAGACGGGACUUCUGGGGUUUCCAGGUUGUCUGAAGGGCCCGCUCGCCCAGCCAGUACUGGGGUGGCUGGGGCCAGUAGCUCCUUAGGCCCCUCUGGCUCAGCAUCAGCAGGGGAGCUGAGCAGCAGUGAGCCUAGCACCCCGGCUCAGACUCCACUGGCAGCACCCAUCAUCCCCACGCCAGCCCUCACCUCUCCUGGAGCAGCACCCCCACUUCCUUCCCCCUCCAAGGAGGAGGAGGGACUGAGGGCCCAGGUACGAGACCUGGAGGAGAAACUGGAGACACUGCGGCUAAAACGGGCAGAAGACAAGGCAAAACUGAAAGAGCUGGAGAAACACAAGAUCCAGCUGGAGCAGGUGCAGGAAUGGAAGAGCAAAAUGCAGGAGCAGCAGGCGGAUCUGCAGCGGCGCCUCAAGGAGGCGCGGAAGGAAGCCAAGGAGGCAAUGGAGGCCAAGGAGCGCUACAUGGAGGAGAUGGCGGAUACUGCUGAUGCCAUCGAGAUGGCCACUCUGGACAAAGAGAUGGCCGAGGAGCGGGCCGAGUCUCUGCAGCAGGAGGUGGAGGCACUGAAGGAGCGAGUGGAUGAGCUUACCACAGACUUGGAGAUCCUCAAGGCUGAGAUCGAAGAGAAGGGCUCAGAUGGAGCUGCAUCCAGUUACCAGCUCAAGCAGCUUGAAGAGCAGAACGCCCGCCUAAAGGAUGCCCUGGUGAGGAUGCGGGAUCUCUCUUCCUCAGAGAAGCAGGAACACGUGAAGCUCCAGAAGCUUAUGGAAAAGAAGAACCAAGAGCUGGAAGUUGUGAGGCAGCAGCGAGAGCGCCUGCAGGAGGAGCUGACCCAGGCGGAGAGCACCAUUGAUGAGCUCAAGGAGCAGGUGGAUGCUGCUCUGGGUGCUGAGGAAAUGGUGGAGAUGCUGACUGACCGGAAUCUGAAUCUGGAAGAGAAAGUGCGAGAGUUGAGGGAGACUGUAGGGGACUUGGAAGCAAUGAACGAGAUGAAUGACGAGCUACAGGAGAAUGCACGUGAGACAGAGCUGGAGCUGCGGGAGCAGCUGGAUAUGGCGGGUGCCCGAGUGCGUGAGGCCCAGAAACGUGUGGAGGCAGCCCAGGAGACAGUUGCGGACUACCAGCAAACCAUCAAGAAGUACCGCCAGCUAACCGCCCACUUACAGGAUGUGAAUCGGGAACUGACGAACCAGCAGGAAGCAUCUGUGGAAAGACAGCAGCAGCCACCUCCAGAGACUUUUGACUUCAAAAUCAAGUUUGCUGAGACUAAGGCCCAUGCUAAGGCAAUUGAGAUGGAGUUGAGACAGAUGGAGGUGGCCCAGGCCAACCGGCACAUGACCCUGCUGACAGCCUUCAUGCCUGACAGCUUCCUCCGGCCAGGUGGGGACCACGACUGUGUCCUGGUGUUGCUGCUUAUGCCUCGACUCAUUUGCAAGGCAGAGCUGAUUCGGAAGCAGGCCCAAGAGAAGUUUGAACUAAGUGAGAACUGUUCAGAGCGGCCUGGACUUCGAGGAGCUGCGGGGGAGCAGCUCAGCUUUGCUGCUGGACUGGUAUACUCACUGAGCCUGCUGCAGGCCACAUUGCACCGCUAUGAGCAUGCCCUUUCUCAGUGCAGUGUGGAUGUGUAUAAGAAGGUGGGCAGCCUCUACCCCGAGAUGAGUGCCCAUGAGCGCUCCUUAGAUUUCCUCAUUGAGCUGCUGCACAAGGAUCAGCUGGAUGAGACUGUCAAUGUGGAGCCUCUCACCAAGGCCAUCAAAUACUAUCAGCAUUUGUAUAGCAUCCACCUUGCUGAACAGCCUGAGGACUCUACCAUGCAGCUGGCUGACCACAUUAAGUUCACCCAGAGCGCCCUGGACUGCAUGAGUGUGGAGGUGGGGCGCCUGCGUGCCUUCUUGCAGGGUGGCCAGGAGGCUACAGAUCUUGCCCUUUUGCUUCGGGACCUGGAAACAUCAUGCAGUGACAUCCGCCAGUUCUGCAAGAAGAUCCGAAGGCGAAUGCCAGGGACAGAUGCUCCUGGAAUCCCAGCUGCACUGGCCUUUGGAUCCCAGGUGUCGGACACACUCCUGGACUGCAGGAAACACUUGACAUGGGUGGUGGCUGUGCUGCAGGAAGUGGCAGCCGCGGCUGCUCAGCUCAUUGCCCCCCUGGCAGAGAAUGAGGGGCUACCUGUGGCUGCACUGGAGGAGCUGGCUUUCAAAGCAAACGAACAGAUCUAUGGGAGCCCUUCCAGCAGUCCCUAUGAGUGUCUGCGCCAGUCUUGCAACAUCCUCAUCAGCACCAUGAACAAGCUGGCCACCGCCAUGCAGGAAGGGGAGUAUGAUGCCGAACGGCCCCCCAGCAAGCCUCCCCCAGUUGAGCUGCGGGCUGCAGCCCUUCGUGCAGAGAUCACAGAUGCUGAAGGCUUGGGUUUGAAGCUUGAAGAUCGAGAGACAGUUAUCAAAGAGUUGAAGAAGUCACUCAAGAUUAAGGGAGAGGAGCUGAGUGAGGCGAAUGUGCGGCUCAGCCUCCUGGAGAAGAAGCUGGACAGUGCUGCCAAAGAUGCGGACGAGCGCAUUGAGAAAGUCCAGACUCGGCUGGAGGAGACCCAGACACUGCUGCGGAAGAAGGAGAAAGAGUUUGAGGAGACAAUGGAUGCACUCCAGGCUGACAUCGACCAGCUAGAGGCAGAGAAGGCAGAGCUAAAGCAGCGGCUGAACAACCAGUCCAAGCGUACGAUUGAGGGGCUCCGGGGGCCCCCUCCCUCAGGCAUUGCUACACUGGUGUCGGGCAUUGCUGGCGAGGAGCAGCAGCGAGGCGGCGCUCCUGGGCAGGCUCCAGGGUCCUUGCCAGGCCCGGGGCUGGUGAAGGACUCACCCCUGCUGCUUCAGCAGAUCUCUGCCAUGAGGCUGCACAUCUCUCAGCUCCAGCAUGAGAACAGCAUUCUCAAGGGAGCCCAGAUGAAGGCAUCUUUGGCAGCCCUGCCCCCUCUGCAUGUUGCAAAGCUUUCCCUCCCGCCCCAUGAGGGCCCUGCUCCUGAGCUAGCAGCUGGAGUGCUAUAUCGUAAGACCAGUCAGCUGCUGGAGACGUUAAAUCAGCUGAGCACGCACACUCAUGUAGUAGAUAUCACUCGUGCCAGUCCUGCUGCCAAGAGCCCGUCGGCCCAGCUUAUGGAGCAAGUGGCUCAGCUGAAGUCCCUGAGUGACACCGUUGAGAAGCUCAAGGAUGAGGUCCUCAAAGAGACAGUGUCACAACGCCCUGGAGCCACAGUCCCCACUGACUUCGCCACUUUCCCUUCAUCAGCCUUCCUCAGGGCCAAGGAAGAGCAGCAAGAUGACACAGUCUACAUGGGCAAAGUGACCUUCGCGUGUGCAGCUGGCCUUGGACAGCGACACCGGCUGGUGCUGACCCAGGAGCAGCUGUACCAGCUUCACAGUCGCCUCAUCUCCUAAGCACUCCUUCUGCCACUGUCCCCUUCACCCCUCAGCCUUCGUGGUGCCAUUUGGCCCAAUGCACAGCCACCUCAGCCAGCCCUCGGUAGAACCAUGUGGGCUAAAAUCUCCCUGCCCUGUUCAGCUUUGCUCCCGUCUUGUCAGAGUCCCACUCCGGCCCCUUAACCUGCGUUCCCCCAUGCCUAUCCCCAGGUGUUGUCCACAAUUUGCUGUCAGCUGCUCCCUCUUUCCUGAGGGGCCUCAGGGCAUGUGGGGGGUAGGCUGAGACCCCCACCACCAAAGGUCAAGUGAGGUCCCCCUGAUUGAGGACUUCACCCCUUGAUUAAAGCAACUUAUGCUUCAGU